AUGAUUCAAUGCGUUGGAGAAGAAGAGCUAUUGAAGCAAAUUGAAAUGAGUGAAGCGAUUAGAUAUCCAGUUGUACUAUUCGGCAACAAGGGAAAGAGCCAUUUACUAAGGAAGUGUGUGAAAGACAUUCAUUUUGUGGAUACCAGGGAAAUUGCAGAUGUGAAGAUGUUGGGAGGAUUUUGGGCAUUCGAUGACCACGAAAUCGUUUUUGUAGAGGGCGUGCUGGUUGAAGCAAUGAAAACAGGCAAGAAACUUUGUUUAAAGAGGAUUGAUGAAAGUAUAGCAGUACAACAGUAUUUGAUGCCUGUUGUGAGUGAAAGAAGCAUUAUGUGCAACAAUGGAACUAGAAUUACAGCACAUGAUGAUUUUAGACUGUUCUUUACAGCAAAUAGUCCAUUCAAAUACAGAAAUGUGAAUUUUAUUGGACCAAUAAUGCAUAAGAUGAGCGAGUUUAAAAACCUGAUGAAUUUAUGCAUAUUAGGAAACAAAAGUGAACGAUGUUUACGAGAUAGUGGCACCAAAUGCAAUUUAACUUGUCUCAAACCAGUUGAUUGUAGUUGUAUUGAAGAAGGAAGUGAUGUAGUUCUCUGUAACGAACACUUCCUGAAAUAUGUGAGAUUUUACAAAUUAGUCAAGAAUCUUACAAAAAGCAAGGCAGAUAGAGCAGUAUACUACCAGGCAAUUGUCAACACUUUCUUAUUGCACGAUUCAUUGGAGAUCAAAAAUGAAUUAUACGUUGAAGAUGAAAUCAGAGAAUAUAGGAUCAAUUUAGCAUUGACACAGAGCAUUAAAGCAGCAUUUGAUGCUAUUGAAUUCAAUGUAAAAACAAAGACACCCACUCUACUAAUUGGUGAGACUGGUACAGGCAAAACAGCAUUGAUUCAGGAAAUAUGUGCAGAGAAUAACAGGAAACUCUCAGUGAUCAAUAUGUCCAGUGAUUUUGAUGGAUUUGAGCUCGUUGGUGGGUUUAAGACAUUUGAUUUCGACAAAAAGUUUCAGGAAAUCACAAAAACAUUCAAGCAGAAAUAUCCUACGACAAUUAUAUCAGGAAGCAUUUGCUCACAGAUCAAACACAUGCUUGAAACAAUUAAAGAAGAAAGUGAUAUCAAAAAUGAAAUCAGGAAACUGGAUAAAAUCAGAAAAAACAAAAUCUGUUUUGAAUUCAAGAAGGGGAAGUUAGCACAGGCUAUGAAAUCCGGGGAUUGGAUUUUGCUCGAUGAAAUCAAUUUGGCACCUGAGGAGACCUUGAAGCUGAUAGAAAGUAUAGCAAGCAAAAGAUUCCUUUUAUUGCAGGAAUCAGGAGAAAUAAUCGAAAUGCACGAUGAUUUCAGGAUAUUCGCAUGCAUGAAUCCAUUUGGAGACUACGGAAAGAAACAGUUUCAAACAAGCGCAUUCAACACCGUAAUAUUUGAAGACUUCUCAAAUAACCUGGAAGAUAUCAAAAUGGUAUUUGAUCAUCAUUGUAAUACAGAAGUCAGUAAGAGCAUUUCCAAUGAAAUAUGUGAGUAUUUCUAUGCCGUAAAGCAGAAUAUCACCAAGAAAGUCUACUCAAACAUGUUGGAACCAGUUGUAACAGGUAGAACAUUUUGUAGAAUCAUCAAAUCGCUAAAUCAAGGGAUAAUCACAACUGAAUCAGUUUUCAGGUGCUUCAACCUACUGGUUUUCACACAACUCAACUUGAGUUCACGUGCAAUGGCAGUGGAACUGUUUUCAGAGAUGUUUGGACCUGUUGAAAUCAAAACAGAAAGGAUCCAAUUGAGUUCAACUGAAUACGUUCUGACACCACAAACAGAAAUUAUUUUGAGUGAUUUGAUUGCAGCAGUGGAUUUAAAUUUGCCUGUUUUGUUACAGGGCAACACAUCAACAGGAAAGACAAGUAUGGUUUAUGCAUUAGCAAAAGAAAGAAAUCAAAAAGUAACACGCAUAAACAACCAUGAGGGAACUGAUGUUGGUGACUAUUUAGGAAUGUACAGGACAGUGAAUGGAUUAUUUCAGUUUGUCCACGGACCACUCAUCAAGGCAAUGAAAGAAGGAAACUGGAUUAUUUUAGAUGAGUUGAAUUUGGCAGAAUCAGAUGUAUUAGAAUCACUCAACAGGUUACUAGAUGAUAAUAGAGAAAUAUAUAUCCCAGAAACAGAGGAAAUAGUGAAACCACACAUCAGUUUUAGGCUAUUUGCUACCCAAAAUAUCGCAUAUGAAGGUAGAAAAGGUCUUGCAAGAUCAUUUAGAAAUAGAUUUGUUGAAUUGAUGUUCAACGAAAAGGAUGAAAACGAGAUCAGGAUAAUAAUACAGAGGUUGUUCGUGCUCCCAAAAUCAUUUAUUGAUUUGGUUGUUGAGACGUUCAAGCAAUUGAUUACAUGUGAUGAUCUCACAUUACAAACCAAAGUGACACUAAGAGAUGUAUUGAAGUGGUGCAAUAGAAAGCCAACUACUCACGAGGAAUUGUUAUUGCAUGGUUUGGAACUAUUCACAGAGCGAAUAAGGUCAAAGAGAAACACAGUUUUUGAUGUGUUCAACAAGGUGUUUGGGAAAAAGAUAAAAGCAGAUAAUUUGGAGGAUUUCUACAAUGAAAAAUGCAUCCAGCAAGUUACAGGCAUUUCAAAUGAUUUGGUUAUCACGAAAUCAUUCAGGAAACUGAUUCACCUAGUAAGUAACGCAUGGAACAAUAACGAAUCUGUUCUUCUGGUUGGAGAGACGGGAAUUGGUAAGACAUUGAUUUGUGAUUAUGUUGCAAGACAGUGCAAUAGAAAACUGAAAACAAUCAACCUGUCAGAGAACACUGAUGUAAGUGACUUUCUGGGUCAUUUUGAAUUCAAAGAUGGUGACAUCAAAUGGAAUAACGGCACCUUAGUUACAGCAUUAGAGAAUGGUGAUUGCUUUCUGAUUGAUGAAAUCAACUUAGCAGAUGGAUCAGUUCUGGAAAGAUUGAACAGUCUGCUAGAAACAGAUAGAUCUCUAUUUAUACCAGAGAUAAAUAGGCGAUACACAUUUCAAAAUGCCAGAAUCGCAGCUACAAUGAAUCCAUCUGGAGACUUCGGUAAAAAAGAGUUGUCACCUGCAUUUAGAAACAGAUUCACUGAAAUCUAUUUCACGUUGGAACCAGAAGAAAAAAUUGAAAUAUUCAGGGAGAAAUGCAGAGAUAUUCAACCGUUUAUUGUAGCGAAUGAAAUUGAAAAUGAACUGAUGGAAAUCAUCAAGGUAGUGAGUGUAAGAAAAGGUAGCAUGGUUGUUGAAUACCUGAAAUGUGUCAAUAACACUGAUAAUACGGUUGUGAUGAAUGCGAAUAAGUUAAGACAAGGAUUGCUACUAAAUGAAAUCUAUGAUCUGAUCAAUAUCAGACAAUCUGAGAAUGUGGCAGAAUACAGCCUAAAGAUGCUAAAGAAAUCAGAAGACAAACACUUUCUGUAUUUCAAUGCAACCAACAGAGUGUUUAGAACAUUUCUGUUUGAUAUGGGCGUGCUCUUAGUUGGUUUGCCAGGAACAGGAAAGACGUCAUUGAUUGAGAACUUGGGCAAAAUGUGCGGAAAGAAGGUGCUUAGGAUCAACUUAUCAGAAAACACGGAAAUUGAUGAUCUAUUGGGCACAAUGGUUUGUAAGGGCAACUCGAUUUGCUUCUGUAAAUCCACCUUGGUGAAAUAUCUACAAAGUGGUGAAUGGAUCAUUCUUGAUGAAAUCAAUCUGUGUUCCCAAAGUGUGUUAGAAGGAAUGAACUCCAUUUUGGAUUACAGAAAAUCAAUAACAUUAACCAAUGGUGAGGAAAUCAAGGUGCAUGAGAAUUCUAAGAUCUUUGCAACAAUGAAUCCUAGUGAAGUCAAAGGAAGAAAGGAGCUACCAAAGAGCUCUCUGGAUCGAUUCAUCAUCGUGAAACUGGAGGAAUACAAAGAUAAUGAGAUCAAUGAAAUAUUAAAGGCGCAAUUUGGAUACGAAUUCACACACAACAAGAAGUUGAGUUUGAGAGAAAACAUCAAAACGAACAAAAUGAGACAGAACAAAUUGUACGGUGCAGUUGUAAGCAGAAUUAACAGUGGUUUUUAUGCAGAUGAUCGAGUAUUUAUGCUAAAUGACCUGUGCAUAGAAUACAAGGAAUUGGACAGAGAAUUCUGCAUUGUUCAUAGUCAGAUCAACGCGCUCUACGAGUUGUUACAGUGUAUUCUGAACAAGAUUCCAGUUAUUUUGAAAGGUGAAUUUGGAAGAAGGAACAUGAUCAGAUUUAUUGGAAAGUUAUUUGGAUUGGGAAUUACAAACAUUUACUGCUCUAAGGAAACAGAUAUCACUGAUUUAUUGGGUGGAUAUGCUAAGAACAACAAUACGGAAGAGACGGCGGAAUUGUUUACCUGGAAAGAUUCAUUGUUGGUUGAUGCGAUUCAAAACGAAAAUGUCGUGGUGUUUCACAACGCAGAAAGCGUAGAGAAAGCAGUUUUUGACAGAUUGAACUGUCUGUUUGAAUUCAAGAGCACGUUGAAUGUGUAUGAGAGAAGUAUUGAAACUGAGAUAGCUGUGAACAGAAAGUGUGUGUUUGUGCUAUUUGCAGAUGACGAAAUGGCAUUUUCAGAGGCGAUUAGAGAUAGGUGUCAUGUCAUCAAUCUGUGUGACACGUAUGAUUACGUUGAUUUGUUGAAGAUCAAUGUUCAAGGUACCAGUUUGAUUGGUUUUGCUGAUGUACAGAAAUACCAGAAUGGGAUGGAAUGGGAUCGAAUUGAUCUAGAAAAGUGGAAAAGGUAUCAAAUAUGCACCGAUAUAAUCCCAAAUCUAAUCAAAGAAUCUGAUAUACAGAAUUACGUCUGCAUUAGAAAGAAUGAUAUCGACCAGAAUCAAAACACCAAAUACAUUGAUGUUUAUGAGCAGCUGAUUCAAUUCAAGGAUACAAAAGCAUAUGAAAUAAUCAGGUUGUUUGAAGAUGAGCAAAAUAUGCUGAAUUUCAAUUUGAGUGAAUUUAACUCAGUUGAAUUGAAGAAGUUGAUGAUCAGAAACCUAAAAAACAAGAAACUGAAAGAAAUGAAAGAAUUCAAAGAGAAAGUUGCAACGGUUAUUGGAACAAAAUGCUUUAUAUUGAGUGACAGUGUAACAGAUGAGAUUAGAGAAACCAUCAGGUUAUUGAAGGCGUGCAUUUCAGAACAGGUUGAUCCAGCAUUAGUGUUCUACAAGAACAUGAAGAACAAAGCAGCUAUGGAAGAAAACAACAUCAUUGAUCAAAUCAAUAGUGAGCUAGUGAAAUGCUAUAAGUACAAUUCAGGUGAUAUGACAAAAUUACAGGCAUUGAAAAGAGAAAGAGAGAAUAUCAAUGCAAAAUACAGCAAGGUGUUAUCUGGCAUCAAUCCAAACAGGGAUUUCAUGGAGUUCAUCACAGCAAUCAGUAGCAACAAUUUUCCAUCAGAAUUCUUUGGUGGCAGAAUGCAGCGUAUCAGAGAUAACUUUGAUGAUUGUGUUGUUCUAAUGGCACUUGAAUCAAUUCAAAAUAUCAGAACAGACAGCCAACCAUCAGUACCUGAAUUCAAUUACAACGAGGCCGUUUUACAACUUGUCAAAAACAAGCAAAUCAGAAAGUGCUCAAGACAGGAAUACAACAAAUACAGUUACAAUCUACUUACAAAUCAGUCAAAUGAAACUAGUACAGUAUUAUAUGGAGCAAUUUGCAACAAUAACAUCACAGUUGACAUCAAUAUAAUCCCAUUGAUUUUCGUAUGGUUUGAUGAUGCUGAUUAUGAUAGAACUCUUCUAAAUAUGAUCAAGCAUGAUGAUAAUACGAUCAGGGUAAUAGAAACAAGAUCAGACACAAUUACAAUCAACUAUGAAGAAUUGAAAAGAGUAGACGGUUUCGAAACAAUUGGAGAACUAAGUUGCUUUACUACACCAAGUGAAAUUGUAGAAUAUUGCAGUGAAAACUCCCUAUUCAAUGACAAAACAGAGAAGCAAUUGAUCGAUAUCCUGAUCAAUAGGAAGAAUGUUGCUGCUAUGCUAAAGAUUGAACCAAAUUACAACUGGUUUGGAUAUUUGAAAUACCACAAAGUAACACAAGAAUACUUCUACAAUAGCACAGUCUAUGAAUUCGUAGAGAGACUAUUCUUUGUUAAGGAGUAUUAUGGAAUGUUGAUCAAUAAGAAAGGUACUGAAUGGUUGGAACAAUACAACAAAAAGCACGAAUUGUAUAAUUGGAUUGCACUGAUGGAUGCAUUUGAUCUGACUAGAAUGAAAGAGAAUAAGGAGAGUGAGUUAUUGAUCAAGUUAAAGAGAGCAACAAUUCGAACAUUCAAAAGGUUCAAUGAGAUUGUGGAAAGUUAUCGAGGUGGAUUCAUGUUACAACCAGUGACAACUGUAAUGGAUGUGAAGAUGAUCAAACAGGAAAUGAGUGAAUGUUGUGAAAACAACAAGAGCAAAACAGAGAGUGAAUUCAGAAAGGCAGUUGAAAGAUCAAUCAAGAAUACGAAAUUGUGUGAUUGUAAGGCAGUCGAUCUGAUAAUCAAAGACAAUUUGUAUGAAUCAUUCAUCAACAAAUUGCAACUGCCAGAAGAACCAGAGACCAACCUGGCUGAAUAUUUCAUGAAAAGAGACAAUUCACAGCACAAUUUGAAAUACCUGACAGCAGUUGCAAAACUGAUCCAUAUCUACAACCAGAAUAUUGAACACAUAAAGAAUGCAGACAAAUCAAACAGAAUGAUCAAAUAUGCUCUAUGCAACGAGAUCAAAUUGGAUUAUCUGUACCUGAUUUACAAAAUCAUUAAGGAAUCAGUUUCAUACACAGAAGAUCAGGAAGAAGGAGAAGGAAUAAAGAACUGUAGUGAUGAGAUUGAGCAAAAUAAGGAAGAGAAUGAUUUGAAUGAGGAUGAAAUAAACGAUGAAUACGAUAAGAAUGAGAGAGUUGAAGAAGAAUCCAAUGCAGAUGAAUUAGACAACAAAGGCAAAGCUGAUUACGAAGUAGAAAGCGAACAUGAAACAGAAAAAGAGGAUCUGAUCGAAGGAAGUGGAGAGAGCAAUGAAACAAAGGAAGAAAACAAUCAGUGCGAAAGAAUGAUCGAAGAUCCAUCAGGUAUCACAGACACUGAUAUUGACAAUAAUGACACUGAUAUUGAUGAUGAAAUCAGUGGAAUAUCAGAGGAAGCAGAUGAGUCUCAUACUACUGAACAAUCUGUCACUAGAUCAAUAGAGCAGGAACAGCAAUCCAAUCUACCAGCAGAAUACGCCUACAAAGACUACACCAAAAUCAAUAUGGAUCAAACUUGCAACAAUGAAACAGAUGAAUUUGAUGACCUGAGAAUUGCAGCAGAAAUUGGAACUAAAAAUGAUUUAUUGGAAGCAGUUGAGAAUGGUACAGAAAUAGGAAAAAGAGAGGACGAAGGAAGUGACGAUAAGGCAACUAACAUCAAGAGUGCAACAAAGAGACUGAAAAUCACGGCAGAAAACAAGCAUUGUAUAAAACUGAUCAAUUUGAUCAGAACUGUCCUUGAAACCAAUAAAAACAGCAAAUACCGCGGCAAUUUCAAAACAGGAAAGAAGCUGAGCAUGAAAGCUGUGGUGAAUUACAUUGCAAGUGGAUUCAGCAAAGACAGAAUUUGGAUGAGACGAGCCCGAAACCAGUUCAACUACAAUUUCAACAUCUUCAUCGACAACAGCAAAUCAAUGGACAGCCACAGCCUGGUUGAUCUGCUUGGAGCAACACUCAACAAGAUCAGCACAUCAUUCCGCUGCCUUGGAAUUGAUCUCUCUCUGUUUCGAUUUGGAACUGAUCUCCAGAGACUCCACAGCCUGGGCGACCUGACAUUCUCAGACGAGUCCACCAAUGUCCAAUUCAUCGACGAUCCACAAUUUGCCUGUGACCUGAACAUCGUCCUCACUGACGGAAUCUUCAACUGCUCCCAUCGAGCCAACUUCGUUGCUCUGAUCCUCGAUAAAAACAGCAUCAGAAGAAUGGCCCGAAUCUCCCUUGUGAAUGGACGCAUUCUGAGAGAGAGCUUCCUGGGCACAUUUGGCCUAUUCCACACCGUGGUUGAGAAAGAGGAGGAAUUUGAAGAGAAGUUCGUUGGAGUCCUCAGACACCUCGUCGACAGCAUGCGCUUUAAUUAA